AACUUCCAUCCUUGAUUAUUAGGACCAGCUACUGGCACAUGUCCCCCAUUAGGGAUACAGCCAUAAGGAAAGGAAGGAAGGAACAAUACGCGUAGUAUAAAAUAAUACAGUGAGAGAACUCUCUUUGUAUUCAAGCUGGCCGAUGGUCUACUAUUUAUAGCCGCAAAGUUGUGUGUUGUGUUGACAUGUAUAUUCAAUGAAAAAUCAUAGCAUUUUCAUGAGUUUAAAAAUUUACUGGAUCACAGUUCAAGAACUUUUUUCAGAUUUACGAAUUAGUGUACUUUUUAUAUUAAAAUAAUCACAUAAGUUUUACGAUUAUGCAGCUUUAUAGGUUAACAGAAUUAUGAACUAAAUAAUCUAAGACAUGUUCUGUUACGGUAUUUCUAAAGAAUGAUAUAAACUAAAGUACGUGUACCAUUUGACGCCAAGUAUUGCCACGGAGCAGAAAAGAUGACUUUGGCACCAAAGGAUUUAGCCAACCUGCUCGAUAUUCUCGACGACGAGAAUUUAGAUACCAGUUUGGAAAAUUUGUCUAACCAACUACAUCAAGCCUUUCCAAAGGAGGAUAACUUUAAAGUAGGAACUGCAUUGUUACUGCUGUUGCAGCACAUCGAUCUUUUACCAAAUCACGUGCAGCGAGUAAUGGCAGUGGCACUUCUCUUCGAUCUGUAUAGGGGAGAGCCAUUAGCAUCAACACCAUUUGCUACUGUAUUCGUUCAAGUACUUAAGGCUUCUGAAGAAACCACUAAUGGAGCAUCUAGACCAAAUUUUGUGGGGCAUAUACCAGUAUUGUCGCAAUGCGAAAAGAACCUACUAGCUCAUCUAUUAAGUUACAAUGCCAAGGAGACUAUGAAGAAGUCUCCAAGACAAAUCAUAGAUGAGCUGUAUUUUGCUUCUACUCCUCCGAUUGAUUUGACCAAUCUACAAUUGCAACUGGCUGAGCGCCACUCAGAGCUUCCUUCUGUAGCUAAGUGUGGCAAUCCCAUAAUUUUACCAGACAUGGAUCGUUCUAAAAUGGCUGAAAUUGACAAGACUACUGGUAGGAGUAUAGCUGAAAGUUUAAUUAUUGGCGAUCCUCCACUGUGCAGUCAAAGUUAUAGACCAGAAUUUUUACGGCUAGCACCACCAUUAUAUCACUCUGCCAAUGAAUUGACCUGGAUGAACGUCACAGAACCAAGUCAGUUUACAGUGGAAUAUGAUACUAGCAUGUGUGUUUCAAACUGUGCUGGCGCUGAAGCUCGCAGAUUAAUGGGAAAAGCAUUCAAGAGCGUACUAUCACUUCAACAGCAACAACAUCUGGUGACAGAAUUAGACAGAGAUCCUAAACUAGUAUACCAUAUUGGACUAACACCUGGAAAACUCCCAGAUUUAGUUGAAAAUAAUCCGCUAAUUGCUAUUGAGGUACUUCUGAAACUCAUGCAAUCCAGUCAAAUUACAGAGUACUUUAGUGUCUUGGUCAAUAUGGAAAUGUCCCUUCAUUCAAUGGAAGUUGUUAAUCGAUUGACAACCACUGUUGACUUACCCACAGAAUUUGUACACUUGUACAUUAGCAAUUGUAUAUCCACAUGUGAGACUAUCAAGGAUCGAUAUAUGCAAAAUCGACUGGUGCGUCUGGUAUGUGUAUUCUUACAAUCUCUUAUCAGGAACAAGAUCAUCAACGUACAAGAACUCUUUAUAGAAGUACAAGCAUUCUGCAUCGAGUUUAGUCGAAUAAGAGAAGCGGCUGCACUGUUCCGACUUCUUAAGCAACUGGAAUCUGGUGAUAUUGGUGGACUCAAUGGACCCCCGACCAAAAACAAAAUAGACAUGUGUUAGCGAAUACCAGAAAAUAGUGAUCUGUUGAUGCUGCACAAUUAUUUGCUAAUAGAACCCAGCGUAUAUACGAUUUUUUAUAAAAUAUAUCGUAAUUAAUAACAGCGUUUACAAUUGGAUGUUGUAUAAUAGUACGUGUAUGGAAUGUUGCAAUUGUCUUGGUGUUUUUUCUAAUUAAUAUUUUCUUCAAAACAUCACAUAAAGGAUGUGCCACGGCAAGAUUUCUGUACAUUUCCUAGAUCCGGCAUUGGAAGAUCUAUUUCAAAAUAUAUACACAACUAUAUAAAUUGCAACUUUGUAUUAAUGUUCUCAUGACGACUAAAUUAUUUUUGAUCAUUUGGGAAUAUAUGAAUAUAGUAAUCAAGUUAAUGAGAUAUGUGAUGUAUAAAUCUAUUGACGUCCGAAUUUUGUCCAAUUAUAUAAACGCAAAAUAAUAACUUCAAGGAUACACACAUAACUGUUCUCACGUAAAUUUAAUACAUUGUAUGUAAGACAAAUCUUUGGAAAGCAACCAUAUCUAAAGUGCUUAACACUAACCGUACCAUUGACCGGUCAUUUGACCGUUUUAGAGCCAAAAAUACAUUUAUAAAAAAUUGUCGGUAUGGUUAGCGUUAACGUUUAACGUAAGCAAGAAACAUUAUUGUAAAUAUCUGGUUUAGCAGUACCUGUAAAACUGUACAUAUAAUUUAUGGUGUUAUAAAAGAUACGAGCGUGAAUUUAGUUACACAAAUUUUUAAAUCUUGCAAAAUGAAUGACAUUUCUUUGUUGCAAUCAGCGUGGCAGUAAUUAUGAACGGAACGAUAAUUCCAGCAGGUAUUAGAAAAUAAAAUGCGUGAGAAAUUUCUCAUUGUCAAAUUUUA